UCAGCCUUCGGGAGAACUCACCUCGCAGCGUUGCGAGCCCGCGCCGAGUUCGCGCCUGCGCCAUGGCUCGCAUGUGGGCAGAAGCCAUCUUCUCGCGCGAGGCCGUGUCGCUGCAGGUUGCAUCGAGACUGUGCCUGGUGGACCUCGCCUCCAUGCUGGCGGUCUGCGCCGCCACGGCGGAGGUCUUCCGCGAGGCCGGAAGUCUCACGACGAAGCGGCCUGGCUGGAGCUCGGGAAGGACCGAGCAGCAGCGCGAAACGUCCAUGAUGGAUUUGGUGUGUUGCGCCUUGGGUGCUUCAAAGAGCAGUGGCCUGAUGCACACGCUGGAAGGCCUUGUACGGUUCCCGCACGGCCGGCCCCUGCUUUGCCACGCGGCGUCCUCUGGGCGCCCAGAUGUGGUGAGGUGGCUGCUGAAGCACUGGUCAUCUGAGCUGCAGUCAGCAGACGAGCCCUGUGGCGCCUCGCCUCUGCACUUUGCUGCGCUCGGUGGCCACGGCCAUGUGUGCGAGGUGCUGAUCGAGUGCGGUGGAGCCCUCGUGGAUAGCCGGGACAAUUCGGGGCUUCGAGCCUUACACCUGGCAGCUGAGCAGGGCCAUGUGGAUGCCUGCUACGCCUUGCUGCAGUGCGGCUCCUCGCCGGAUGGAGCUCCAGGCCUGAGUGACCUAGACUGUGGCACGCCGACUCCACUGCUCUUGGCCGCCGAGUGCGGGCACGCGGAGGUGUGCGCCUUGCUCGUCACUUUUCGCGCAGACCCGCUGGCCUCGAGCCUGGACGGGCGAACCCCACUGGCCGUGGCGCGCGACAACGUGAUGGCCGGGUCUGAGCUUCUGGCGUCUCUGGAGGCAGCUUUGUGGCCAAGCAACGAGGCCACUCGCCGGGCCAAGAUUGCCUCCUGUGGCUUGGCUGCUCGGCAUCCCGUCCUAGCUGGUCCGUCAGCGCAAGACAUUAUCCGGCGCACCUUGCGGCAGCGCUGACGUGAAGGUCCGGAGGUGGCAUGGCUGCUUCGCCAACACCCCCGGUGCGUUCACCUCUUCGCGUUCCAAAUGCAGCGAGGGUCGCAAGGAUGCGGCGUUUGCGGGCCGCAAACCGCCCUCCGCGCCCAAGCUGCACAGGCCGACAUUUUUCAAAGCGGCUCGAUGGAUCAGUGCCGACGCCAAGAAAGCUUUGGGCA